UUUGGGUUGUUUUCCAUCUACGCAAAAUGGCUGACUCCAGCCACGAGGAUCUAAUGGAAAAAUUAGUAACGGAAUAUCAUAAUAACUCUGACUCAGUUAAAGAAUAUGCGUCAAAGAUUUGUGCAUCAAUAUCUUUAAAGAAUGAUAAAUCGAUUUUGAAUGUUGUGGAGCUUCUCUCAUUUAUGUUAACUAGUAACAUUGUUGAAAAUCGGGCGAAGGGAACCAACUUAUUGGCUGAAUGCAUGCACUGUAUUUCCAGUGGAACCCUUGAUGAAAGAGAGCUUAUAACUAUAAUUCAAUUCUUUUGUGAUCGACUGCGUGAUCAUCAUUCCAUCCAACCUUUGGUUAUUUAUGCUUUUCUUGGAUUAACCUCUUUUCAUGAUGUUAGUGACAAGCUUAUUAUUACAAUUUUACAAUCCAUUUUCGCAGAAGUUCAUGUGCAGUCACUUGUUCAAUCUGAUCGUCACAAUGUAUUCAAUUUGUUUUCGAACCUUCUUAAAUGUAGGAUUGAAUGUCUUAAGAAGUACAGUGCUGAUUUUGUACUUGGAUUUAUUCAAGCAAUGGAUGGGGAAAGAGACCCUCGUAAUCUUUUGAUAUGCUUUGAAAAUUCAUUUAUGGUUUUGGAGAAAUUGGAUUUUUCUUUGUUUACGGAAGAUUUUUUUGAAGUGUUGUCAUGUUAUUUUCCAGUUGAUUUUACACCACCUAAAGAAAAUAAUUUUGAAAUAACAAAAAAAGAUUUAGUUUUAUCACUUCGAAAAUGCUUAACCGCCACUGCUAAUUUUGCACCAUUUGCUGUCCCACUGUUCAUUGAAAAGUUAUCUGCCGACAUGGAAGAUGCUAAAAUUGAUUCAAUCAUAACCUUUACAAAAUGUUUAGAAAUAUACAAUCCUGCAGAUGUUGAAAUAUUUACCAAAGAGAUCUGGUUACAAAUUCGUAAAGACUACCUCCUUUCAGAAACGAGUGAAUAUUCAUCCUAUUAUUUAACCUUUGUUUCAAAUUUUAUCAUAUGUUUAUCAAAAUCAGAUAAUGAAGAACAUUUGUCAAAUUUGAUUGAGCUUUUGAUUAAAGAUUGUUUACAGACUUUAAAAGACCCUGAUAUGAUGAUCGCUGUACAAUGUGGAGCCAUUAUUUCUUGUUUUUGUGAUGCAUCGGAAUAUGUGUUUGAUAAAGUUGCAAACAGGCUACUUCCUGCAAUACAAGAUUCACUACUGAAGUAUUCAUCUGUUCCUCAACGUAGAAAUCUCCUUGAAAUUACAUGGAAAAUUCUCGGCGUACACAGUGAAAUGUUACCUGUUAUUUUAGUUGAGUUUGCGAAAGAACUUCUUCCACUUUUGUAUACUAUACUAAAUCAAUACGAAGACACCAAACUUCAUGUUUUAGCAUUGAGUUGCAUUGAGCGAAUUGUAGCAAAGAAAAAGUUACUGAAUAAUCUAGAUUCUGAUGUACUAGCACAAUCCGUACUUGCUAUACCACUAUCAAAAGUUUUAACAACUGAGCUGUAUAAUGCUUUUGUAUCCUUAAUUAAAAUCUGUUCAGCAAAGUUGCCACGUUUGGUUAGACAUCACUUUGUUAAUCCAGCUAAGAAGAAAAUCGAUACUGAGGAUUUUGACUUGCAAAAGCAAUCCAUAAAGAUUUUCUCAAAAUGUUGUAUAAAUGAAGUCCUUACUGAAGAAAUUUUGUUGCUUAUAUUGGAUGUUGCAUCCACAAGCUCCAAUAAGCGCAUGGCUGUUUUCGAAGCAGUUAGCGAAAUAUUGCAACACACUAUAAAAACGUUCGACAGGAAUGUUGUGUAUGACCCUUUGCUAAAGUUGUUACAUACUUCCACUCAACACACAAUAGAAGAAUUCAGCAAGAUGUCUCAAUGUUUAUCACAUGCAUACAAUAAGCUGACAGUGUCUGAAAGUAAAACAGUUCUUGACGAAACUUGUAAUAUUGUGUUGAAGCACAAUUCGAUUCAUCAUAAUCCUUUUGAGGAGAAACAAUUUAUUUUAUUAUGCAGAAGUCUUUUUACUCAAGUUGAUAUAGCGAUGUUGCUGAAUCAUGAUGUCAAAAAUGUUUUAAAAGAAAUUUGGUUUGCAAUGGUAAAAAUAGAGUCUGGAGUAUUUUCAAAUUUUGAUCAGUUUGCAGUUGAACAAGGAAGUGUGGCAAUUGGUUGUGUAAUUAACAAACUUCCAGAAGAUUCUGCCACACCCUUAGCGAAGGAAUUUCUCCACGAAAUUGAGAGCAAAUUGGUAACAUACCCAUGUUCCAGUGUAAUUCUCUUGACUUGGCUUACUAAAGCGCUUGUCCUGAAUUGGCAAAAGCAAUCUGUACCCAGCAUCCAGUUACUGUACGAAUGUUUAAGCAAAGAAUCGACCGGAUUUUGGGCUGCCAGUGGAUUUGGUCGCAUUGUUCAAGAUAUUGAAAAUUCUUUUGACUUGAAGUCCGGAGCUCGCAUAAAGUUGAUGUACAAACAAAGAUUUGGUCAAUUUGUUCUUCCAUUGCUUUUGGAAGGCUAUCAUAAUGGUAGCACCACUACGAAGCCAUUUUACAUGACUGCAAUUGCGAAUACACUGUCAGCUAUGCCGAAAACAACAAUCCAGAAAUAUUUGAAAUCAUUGAUGCCGAUUCUUCUAACAUCUUUGUCGGCAAGUGAGAAAAACGACGUUACGUCGGCAUUAACAACCGUCAAAAAUGUAUUGGAACAAAAUAAAGACACGACUAUUGAGUAUAUAGAUUCUCUGAUAUCAAAUCUGUCGGGGUUAGUAGCACAUCAAAAAAUGUGUGUUAGAAUGACUUGUUUGCAAUGUCUCACUAUAUUAUCGACUUAUCCGACAUACAUCGUAGAACCACGACGAGUUGGUGUUAUUCGAGUUGUAAAGCCGGCAUUGGAUGAUAAGAAACGUUUUGUUCGGAAGGAGGCUGUGCAAUGUAUAAACGCUUGGUACAUGCUAGCUGGGUAGAUGUUAGCGGGGCACAAUCAGCUAGGCACAUGCUAGCUAGCUAGAUAUCAACUAGCGCAUUAUAGCCGGUAAAAUGUCGAUGCUUAAAACUGUCGUAGCAAAAUUAACUUGGUCGAGUGUGUACCAUGGUCACACUUCCUAUAUAAGUUAAUUAUUAAUAAAUUCUGUUGUUCUUAAUAUUGCCUUGAUAAUACUGUGGUAGUAAUAUUAGAAAUUUUAAGAGGGGCAAUUUUCUUUGCUAUUAAUGACGUAUCAUGUAUAUCAUGUAUGUAUUUUAAAAUGUUAUGACUUAUAAAUAUAUAAUUUUUUUUUCAA